AUGGGACUCCUGAGCACCUUCAGCUUCUUCCUCUGCAUCCUAUUCCUCUAUGGGGCACUGGGUCUCACCACUUCCCCUGCCCAGGGAAAGCUCCGCUGCUACACCUGCAGCUUCGCCAAACCCUGCUACCCUGUUCUCACAGACUGUCAGGAUGAUGAAGCUUGUGGCAUCAGUAUUGGCACCUCAGAAUGGAGUGAGAUCAUCAAGGGCAAAUGCUGCCUCCCAAGGGCCCAGUGCCCUCUGCUGGGCCACGCCACCUACUGGGCACACUCCUAUACUCUUUGGCACCACUGCUGCGAGCAGGACCUGUGCAAUGCAGCCCCCACACUGCGGGAGCUCCCCAGCCCCCUCCUGACCACCUUGCUCCUCCUGGUGGCCAGCUUCACCUGGGAAUGCCACCUCCAGCACUAG